AUGGCGCCGUCACACGAAUCGGGGUCCUGUCUGUGGAAUAGAAGGAUGCACAGGAGUUUCAUUUUCGCGAUUGGUAUUUUAAGUUUGCUCAUGUUAGUUGUUUACUAUCAAUACGACUUGUCAUCAAUAUCGAAAUUCCACCUAGACACACUAGCACCAGGAGGGUUGGGCGUGGUGGGCGAUUCUACAGCGACAGGAUCAAAUCCUUCAACCGGUGUAGCUUCGACAGGCUCAAAAGCAGAUUCGACUAAGACGAAAGUUGAAUUGGACCAGACGCGGGUUGCUCUGCUUCUCGAAACUCGGCCCUUACCUCAUUUGCCCGCUCUUCUCGCACAUUUUAUAUCUGUGUUACCCGCACCGUGGGUUUUCCGCUUCGUUGGAACCUCUGAAGCUAAUGCAUUGAUCUCCUCUUCCUCAUCUCUUUCCGGCCAUGUCAAGACCGGAAAACUAGUCAUUACCGAGCUCCCCGAGAAAUAUGCCAUCAAAGACCAAGAGACUAUAAGCAUGACUCUUACAGAUUUGACCUUCUACAGGGACUUUCUCGCUCCUGCAGAGUGGCUUCUGAUGUUUCAAAGCGACUCAAUGAUAUGCGCAGCCUCUGAGUAUGACAUAGAAGACUGGAUUUCCAAAGAUUAUUCCUGGGUAGGUGCCCCAUGGAAUAUGGCCGUAAAAGGUGGAAAUGGAGGAUUGAGUCUCAGGCAUAUCCCUCCCAUCCUUAAAAUCCUCGAAAAUGAAGUUCGUGAGCCCGGUACUCCGUGGGAAGAUCGUUGGAUAUGCGAUCGCCUCAUAGCAUCAAAUGCUGCCAAAAUGCCUGGACCAGAUGUAGAAGCCAAAUUCAGCGUGGAAAGCCAGUGGUAUGAGAAGCCCUUUGGUUAUCAUCUUAUAGGAAGUGGUAAAUUCUUGAUUCCAGCCGUCUGGGAUAAUAAAGAGCGCAGAAAGCAUAUUCUGGAAUAUUGCCCGGAAGUCAAAAUUGUCCUGGAUAUGGAUUUGAGCAGAGAGAAAGAGAAAUUGGCCAAGGAACUCGAAGAACUGAAAUCUCCAAAGGCUGCCACGGAAAAGGAGAAAGAGAAGGUAGAUGGACCCAAGUAA